GAACAGGACAGACAAACAGAUCGAUGGGGACUACUUGCAGUGCUAAAGUGCAGAAUUCAGAGUAAAAAAGGGAGGAAAAGAUGUCGCUCGAAGGAAAGAUUUAUCAAGAUUUGACAACGAAUGAGGGUUUACAUUCCCAUCGCCGAACAUUUGGACCAGAAACCGGUGGACAUGUGUUUCAAAAUCACCGAAUGGUUAUACUAAGUCUUGGCUUGCUAAAUGCUGCUCUGCUGAUUUCUGCUGCUGUCAUUGGGAUUUACUGUGCUAAUGCCAAAGACCUUCAGAUUCCUGAUUUAGCAGCUUCACCCCUUCUUGUUGAGGUGAACUUUCUCCGCAACCAUACGGAAAUAAUAAGAGACAAACUGGAGGCUCAGAACACUUUGACGAAAGAGCGCACCAACCAUGUCCAGCUAAAGCUGGAAGUGAAGCAGAAGAAGAUUUUGACUGACAGCCUUCAGAUGAAAAUUAGCAUGCUGCAAACAAUGAAGACAAAGCUCCAGUCCAAUACAUCUGCUUUUGAGAAAAACUGUGGCAGAUGCCCAUCAGGAUGGCUCCUAGUUAAAACGUCAUGUUAUUACUUCUCUAAUUAUGAAGUGGCCUCAAGAAAGAACUGGUCUGAUAGCAGAGCAGACUGCAUUCGUCAAGGAGGCGACCUGCUCGUGAUCGACAACUUGGAGGAACAGCAACUCAUAAGUAUGAAUUUUCCAAGGACGGAAAGUAGUAGCAUUUGGUUGAUAUACGGAUUCUGGAUUGGCCUUACUGAUGUGCAACAUCAGGGAACGUGGACAUGGAUAAACAAUGUGACUGAGACGUCUGUAACGUACUGGAAAACUGGGGAACCCCGUAGUACUGGAGCUCAGAGUGGGAACUGUGCUGCUUUUCAUUACUAUGGAGACACUAUAAAGACUUGGUACACUGGAAACUGCCAAGAGUAUCUACUUAACUGGAUCUGUGAAAAGAGGCCAAGCAAUGUAUGAAAUCGUUUAAGCAUAUAUAUGAGCCGCCUGGCAACUUUUGAUAGCCAAUGUAGUUGGUUAUAGUAUGAAAACUUAGAUUUUCAUGACAUCAAAUCAUAAAAAAUUUUUCUUCUUCAUUUGUCAAAAAUUUUUUCCAUUAUCUUGUUUGACAUAUGAAAAUGUCAUUCAUUAGGGCCAGGGCCCUAGGUUAGAGCUAGUUUUGUUGCCCUACAAGUUUCUCUUACAAGUUACAAUAGGUUGAUACAUUAGUUACUAGGCAUGUAAUGGUACAUUCAGAAGUGAGAUUUUAGUAAUUAGUAAUGAACUUAGUUUGUGGGAAAACUAAGAAUCUUCACAGUUUUGUUUUUUUUCAGAAAUAAAGGUUUUACAAUUUACAAACUGUGUUUUAAAGAAUCUUUAUCAGUUUAGAAGGUUUUUGUCAAGAUUUGACUCGUUUAUCUGUUGCACUUUUAUGCUUGCCAAAUCAUAAGGAGGUCUUAAUGCCAAAAUAAACUGAAAAUACUUGUUUUGAUUUCACAAAUGAAUAAAGGUUUUGUGAAUGUG